UUUAGGUACUAGACAAUGAGUGUCUUAGAAUCUUUGGGUAUAAUUAUAAAUAUACUGAUUUUAUUAUUAUUUUUAAAGUUAUGUGGAACUAUCAAGACCUGGAAACGUCCUCAGGAUUUAUCAACUGGGACUCCUACAAGUUUUGGGUUUUAUGAAUUUGAGUCUGCUGAAGCGGUUCUCCGUGCCUUGCGUCUUCUUAAUAAAUUGAAUAUCGAUGGGCAAGAACUAAAGGUCAAUGUCAAUCAAGCUUUGAAAGAACAUCUGGAGCGGUAUGUUGUUCAGAAGAAAACUGAGAACUUGAAGAACAAAGAAACUCAGGCAGAAGUAGUUGGAAAAGAUGAUGAAGGUGCACAACCUUCUAAUGCGAAUGAGGAUGCAAAGGCUGACACAGAACCCUCAAAUAAAGCUGAUGAAUCAACAAACAAGGAAUCCCGUGAUGUGGCAAACUUUGGGAUUGUCACUGAUGAAGAUAGAGAAGCUGAUCGUGAGGCUUUAGAAAAGAUCACAAAGAUGAUAGAGGAAAGGGUGAAGACAAGACCUUUGCCACCACCACCACCUGCACAACCAACUGGUGAUGGUUCUGUGAAUUUAACUUCAGAACAACCUGUUAAAACAAGAGAUGGAGACUCUGUUAUGGAUACAGAGAAGAAUGAAUCAGCUGAAAAUAAAAAUGAUAAAGAGACAAACAAUGAUAACAAACCAACCAGUGAACACAAUAGGCCUGAAAGCCCUGAUUUCGCGACCAUAAAGUGA